UGAGCAACAAUAUGCAAAUAGGUUAAAACCGCUCUUCAAUAAUUUAAUUUUUAUUUUUUCCUGAAAGGGGAGUCUGCAUAGCCCCGCCCACUCAGGGCAGCCAAUCGAUCCGGUAAUCAUCGAUAAAACACACGUGCACAUUCCACUGAUGAUGUUGUUUGCUACUUUGGAAAGUUCAGGGAGUAGAUGAUUAACUGAGCUAUCGCAAUGCUUUCGUUAACCCGUUUAAUUUGUGUUUUCCCAUUUUGAGUGGUUAGCAGCCCAGAUUCAUGACCCUCAGUAUGGCAGCUCUGCGUGCAGCAAAACAAGCUUUGAGGAAAGAAAUCAAGAAGCGAGUGGCAGCAAUGAGUGAUGAAGAGAAACAUCGACAGUCUCGAGUUGUCUCACUAAAGUUGUUCAAACAUCCAAAAUACCUCUCCAGCCAGCGCGUCGCUGUCUUUCUGAGCAUGCACGAUGAGGUCCGCACAGAGGAAGUCCUUCAAGAUAUCUUCAAUAGAGGAAAAGUGUGCUUCAUCCCCAGAUACUUCAGCAACAGCAGUCAUAUGGACAUGCUACGUCUAAAUGACAUGAAGGACAUAAACAACCUGGCCCUGACGUCCUGGAACAUCCGGCAGCCGGGUGAUGAGGAAUGCAGGGAAGAGGCCUUAGCUACAGGAGGACUUGAUCUUAUACUGAUGCCUGGACUGGGGUUUGACAAGACCGGGAACAGGCUUGGACGAGGAAAGGGUUUUUAUGACUCGUAUCUGGAGCGCUGCAGGAAGCAGCAGCAUGAAAAGCCGUACACCAUUGCCUUGGCUUUCAAGGAGCAGCUUUGUCCUCAAGUUCCAGUGGACAACCGUGAUGUCGUUAUUGAUGAAGUCCUCUAUGAUGAAGAGGAAUGAACGGAAACAAUCAACAUUUAAUUCAAUCAAGUUCAAAUGGAUUUUGACUGGUCCUAAGCAGAGUUGGGUAUAACGCGUUACUGUGUAACGCAUUACUGUACUCUAAUUACUUUUCCUGAUAACGCAGUAACGUAACGCUUUACAUUUUAAAUGUAUGUAAUUUGAUUACAGUUACCAAUGACAACAAAAUUACGUUACUAGCGUUACAAAUUAAGUGUUGAAAAAUUAAUUAAAAUGUAUUUUAAAAUGACGUUUUGCCAUUGCACGGCAACGUCUGCGAGCAUGCGCGCAGCGUCAAGGCUCGUACAGACUACAUGACUUUAAAACGUUGGUCCGAACUGUGCGGUUCACACUACAUGACUUGCUCUCUGUGAAAUCAGGAGUGUUCACGUUGUUGAUCAGUUCACACCACACGACAUAACGUGACUGCCCCACAACAGGAGGUAACGCACUACACGAGUUGAGAACAACUCUAUCACCCGGCGAUUCUAUCUUGUCCACAAACCACGUUUUGUCACGAAAAAUCACGCGAUAAAACAAACCGGAAAUGACGCGAAACAACACGCGCACCAGUAAACCCACAGAAGAAGAAUCAAGACGACGCGCAAAACUUUUGUUUGUAUAUAUAGACUUCAGACAGAAAUUAGUGCUGCAAACCGUUUGCGCGAUGCAAAGCCGCAAAAGAAAAAAAUGAAGAGAUGUGUAUGUGGAGAGGUGGAUCAACACCACACGCGGACAGCAGGGAUUUAAGAGUUGGAGAAUAGGAUAGGCUUCGCAAAGCAUGACUUGGAGAGCGUUUGUCUUUGACCCUGCGAUUCUAUGCAACAGGUGACACGUUCAAGUCCCUCAGGUUCAAGUCCAGGAUGGGGGACCAGCACCAUCCCACAAAUAGUUUUGGAUACCUGUUCUGUUCUGUACCAGGUUAUAAAUGACGAUUUCUUGAAGACACCAUCAACGGAAGGAGAGUGGCAUAGCCGUGGACUUCGAAAGGAAGUGGCGGUUUCCACAUUGCUUUGGGGUACUUACUACCACUCCAGCUGUAGCAGACUGCUGACCAAAACAUGGUUGAUGGGCAAUGGAAGAAUUGUGGGAUGGGUGCUUUUCAACCGAUGAACACCACCUCACAUCGCAAUUGUAUGGCAACAGCAAAAGUGCAACGCACUCUGAUGCGGGACUACUUUGUCUCACCAGUGGGUAGUGUUUAUUGGCAAGUUCAACACAUUUUAAAAGGAACUGACUGAUGUAGAGUUAUCCCUGCAAACAGCAGAUUAAAGCCAGUUAUUGUCAGUUUAGGACAUUCGUUUUCUUGUGUGUUCUAAAGUCCUGUAUUUGUAAAGAACACAAUGUGGUUCACUUUUUCAUUGUUUUAAGUAUUCUGUUUAUUGUUGUGUUAUUAUUCAAUUAAUUUUAAUUGCAUACAAAUCAAAAGGUGCAGGAAUGUAACAAAUAAAGGCAAUAUGCAUGUUGCAAUUAAGUGCCUUGUACUAACUUUAUUUCUUGAUCCACACUCAUUAUUCACAGAACAUUAACAAUGUUUCUAUACUACGGCGCUAAACAUCAACAUAUCUGAUCAUGCUAAAAAUUUAUGGGGAUUGUGAUGAUAAGCUCUGGGCAUUUUUACUCAAUGUGGAUUAAUCUAACAGCCAAUCACACACAAUUAUAUUACGAUAUUUAUAUAUCACCCAGCCCUUAAAAGGGCUCUACAUAGGGAUUUUUGUAAUGUUUAAUUGUGUUAAUGUGGUGCACUGCACGUGUUCUAACAAUGUAUAUUUUGUCUGUCCACAUAAUAUACAUUCAAAUGUACUACAUGUUUUCAAGUUGCACAAACAACAAUGCAAGGCUAUAAAGCACUAUUCAUAUUGGCGUUUUUUGUAAAAUAUGACAAUGUGUUUUAUACUUUUAUACUUUGUUGCAUUAAAUGUAUUACUUUCGAUA